CUUGUCGCUUGGCGCGACUAGCAUGAAAGCAUACAUCUGUAGCAACUGUCACAAAGAGAACAGCAGACACGUCACUUACCACACCCGGCUUCGUGCCUGCCCGUCUCCCCGGCGUGCGAACGCUGCGUGCAAAUGCCCAACCAUACAGCCUAAAUCGUAGCCCUUGAAACAAGACUGUGUUUCACAAAUCUGACACACUCUGCGUCGCCGCUGAGGGGCGCUGGGCCAGGGCCAAAGCAGGAUGUUGGAUGCCGCGAAUGCCGUUGCGCAGAACAACUCGCAGCACAUGGAAUGGGUCGCUGCUGGCGCGCCAAGUUCACUGGAUGAUGCAAGUGCACACCAAGCCGUCCUUGACGCUUCAACACAUGAGCCCCAGGCGACCGCGGAAAGCCCAGUGACGGAUGGGCCAACUGCUGCGCCGACGACGCCUGCAGCUGCUGCGCUCCUAGCGCUCCCCCCGCUCCCACCUCUUUCGCAGUUACCGCCCAUGCCAGUAGGUCAGGAGCCUGCUUGCGAGCUGGCAGCCUAUCCUGGUGCCGAGAUGGACGGUGUGCAAUCGGAGCCCGCCACGCCGUCAGCACACUGCGGCGUGUUGGCGGAAAUGGAGCAGCAGAAGAUGCGGUUCCGGUCCAUAGACGCGGGCAUGACGGCUCUGGUGGAGCAGGCGACUGCCACCCCCGGCCCACGAUACAUCUCCGUACAGGAGAGCAUAUCCAAGACGCUUCGCCAGCGCGGCCCCUCGCUUUUCCUCACUAAACAGCCGGUGCUCAAGUACCCGCUGUACCCGCGCUCACUGGCGCUGGCGGCGGCCUCGGCCGCGGUCGUCACCAGUCGGGAGGCGGACCACCUGGGGGCAGGCCUGGCAGCCGGGUCGCUGGAGGCGCACAUGCAGCUGCACGCGCAGGCACGGGAGCAGCAGCUGGAGGAGGCGUACCAGCGGAACCGCUGGAAACCGGCGCGGCGCUCCACAGUCAUGCGGCGGGUAAAUGCCGUGGCACUGUCGCUUCCAUCCCCGUGGUCCAACGCGGGAGCUGCAGGCGGCACACAUGAGGAGGAGCAGCCACGCGGCCGCGCGCGGCAAAGCACGCCGGUGUGGGAGCGUCUGACCCGGACGCCCACCACCUCAAACUCAGGCGCCGCCGCCACGCAGCCGCCGCCCAGCCGCGGCGGUGCUAAUAGCGUGUCCGCGCCGCCUGCCCCCGCCGCCUCCCCCUGCAGCAAGGGCAGCCAGCAGCCCGGCACUCAGCGGCUGCAGCAGCUGGUCCGCGGUAAGGAGCGCUCCACGACCUCUGUCAAGCCGUCGGCGGCGCCACGAGGUGGCAAGGCGGGCGGCCGGCAACUGCAAACGAGGCUGCCGUCUCUGAAGCCGCAACAGAAGCUGCCUGCGCAGGUAGCGGUGUCAGCAGCGGCCCCGUCCACGCCUCCACAGCAGCAGGAGGUGAAGCCGCCCUCGCUGCUCGCCGACGCAGCCGCUGGCGCAAUGGCCGACUCGAUGAUGCCGUCGACACACACGGCGGCGUGGGAGGCCCACGCUGGUGCUCCCCGGUCAUGGCGCGGGACGGAGCUCGUCACGCCGCUCGCCGGCGGCGUCACACACCAUCACCACCACGAGGGGGCCAGCUUUUCGGGGGUGGGCGGCGGUAGGCGAGUGAGCCGUGUGCAUGAGGUUGUGCAGCAGGGGCACAUGCCCACUGCGGGUUCCGCGGCGCGCAUCAGCCUGAUUCUGAACGUGUAUCAGGGCGGCGGGCGGUGAAGCUCUGGGCGCUAUAUGGAGCUCCGGGUGCGGUCAGCCCUGAGUAAGGGCGCUGUAUAGCAAUUGGCAAGUGUGUCUUUGUGUUGCCGAGCUG